AUUUGUUUUGUGGAAAUAAUUCGAGUAGGUGUAUAAGAAGGCCGGUCAACGAUUUUGUAAUUUCGCCAUCGAACAGUAAACUCAAUUCUUGAUAGACUGAAUGAAAUAAACCUCGAGCUUGUUCCAAAAUGUUUCAAUUAAUACUAUUAUUGGCUCUUCCCUUGCAAAUUUGCGUAGCCCUUUACCCAAGCAGCGGAAACGUCGUCGAAUUAACGCCGAACAACUUCGAUAAACUAGUCAUUAAAAGCGAUGAAAUUUGGGUGGUUGAGUUCUUCGCACCGUGGUGUGGACAUUGCCAAAGUUUGGUACCAGAAUACACGAAAGCCGCAAAUGCAUUGAAAGGUGUCGUAAAAGUCGGAGCUGCGAACGUUGACGAUCACAAAGAACUGGGAGGCCGGUACGGCGUUCGAGGUUUCCCAACUAUCAAGAUAUUCGGGCUCGAUAAAUACAAACCAGAAGACUACAACGGAGGCAGGACUGCCAAAGAUAUCGUGGAAGCCGCACUGAAAGCAGCCAAGGCGAAAGUAAAGAGCAAACUUGGUUUGGACGGUGGUUCGAAAUCUGGAGACUCUGACGGGAAAGAUGUGAUAGAAUUAACCGAUAGCAACUUCGAGAAGCUAGUUAUACAGUCCGAUGAUUUAUGGUUGGUUGAAUUCUUCGCUCCGUGGUGUGGACAUUGCAAAAAUCUUGCCCCACACUGGGCUAAGGCUGCUUCGGAAUUGAAGGGAAAAAUUAAACUUGGUGCCCUCGACGCCACAGUGCAUCAGGCCAAAGCUUCACAAUAUGGAGUACAAGGUUAUCCUACUAUUAAAUUCUUCGGGCCUGGAGCAAAGGAUUCUCCGGUGGAUUAUGAUGGUGGCCGUACAUCAAGCGAUAUUGUUGCCUGGGCAUUGGAUAAACUGGCAGAAAACAUCCCGGCUCCUGAAGUGAAUCAGCUCGUUGAUGAAAAAUCGUUUAAAAAAGCUUGCGAAGAUAAACCGUUAUGUAUUGUUUCCAUCUUACCGCACAUUUUGGAUUGCCAAUCUGAUUGCAGGAACGGUUACAUUCAAACUCUAUUAAAUAUUGGAGAGAAAUUCAAGAAGAAGAUGUGGGGAUGGGUUUGGUCUGAAGCUGGAGCACAGCCGGAAUUAGAAACUGCACUUGAUCUUGGUGGAUUUGGAUAUCCCGCUAUGGCUGUCAUCAAUCCGAAAAAAAUGAAGUAUUCUAUUCUUAGAGGUUCAUUUUCUAAGGACGGUAUCUAUGAAUUUCUAAGGGAUUUAUCCUAUGGAAAAGGUAAUACAGCUCCAGUUAAAGGAGAGUCUCUUCCAAAAAUCAACAAAGUAGAAUCUUGGGAUGGAAAAGAUGGUGUGCUUCCUGAAGAAGAAGAUAUUGAUCUCUCCGAUGUCGAUUUAGAUGAAAAAGAAGAAUUAUAAGAAAAUUUAUGUACCAGUUAGUCUCUUUACUAAAAGACGAUUUUGAAAAUCAAUUAAAUGUAAAUUACACAAAUUUUUCGACGGUGUAAGUUUGAAAGACUAGACUGAAUUUUAACAAUUAUUUCAAACAUUAUCACUUGACCCAGUCACUAAUAAUUAAUUUCGUUUUUUAGUAAUUUUUCCAUUUCUUUUUUCCGACAGUUUUUGUGAUGUGAUUAUAAUUUUGAAUUUAAUAUAGGUAUUUUUAC